AUGUCUUUACCUGUUCACCCUAUGCCUCGCUCGCCCCUUGACCGCCAUCGCCAGUUGGCUCCGUCUGCGGCGGUCAGGGUUUCUCCACUCUGUCUUGGCACCAUGAACUUUGGAGACGCAUGGAAGGACUGGCUUGGCGAAUGUCCGAAAGAGACUGCAUUUGGAGUUCUCGAUUACUUCUUCAGUCAAGGCGGCAACUUCAUCGAUACCGCCAGCAACUACCAGAACGAAGAGUCUGAGAAAUGGAUCGGGGAGUGGAUAGCCGAAAGACAAAACCGCGAUGAACUCGUUCUCGCCACCAAGUUCUCCAGCAGCUACAAGAACCAUGAAAAUGGCAGACUUCAGUCAAACUAUGGCGGCAAUAGCGCCAAGUCUAUUCGUGUCUCUUUGGAAUCCUCAUUGCAGAAACUACAAACGAGCUACAUCGACCUCUUCUACCUUCACUGGUGGGAUUACUCCGUUUCGAUUCCCGAAUUGAUGCAUAGCCUCAACGAUCUGGUCGCCAGCGGCAAGGUUCUCUAUCUCGGGAUUUCUGAUAGCCCUGCCUGGGUAGUUGCCAAGGCCAACCAAUACGCUCGUGACCACGGCUUACGCCAGUUCACCGUGUACCAAGGUCUUUGGAACGCCUCAAUCCGCGACUUCGAACGAGAGAUCCUUCCAAUGUGCCGCGAUGAGAAUAUGGGAUUGAUUCCUUGGGGCGCCCUCGGACAAGGUCAGUUUCAUACAGAAGCAGGAUACAGAGAGCGGGAGCAGACGAACCCCGGGCGCAAGGGACGGCCGGCAUUUGAUGUUGAGAAACGUGUGGCUAGGACUCUAGAGACAAUUGCGGAUUCGAAGAAGACGGAUCUCACCAGUGUUGCUUUGGCGUAUGUCCGCCACAAAGCCCCUUAUGUGUUCCCGGUCGUUGGUGGGCGGAAGGUCGAGCAUCUGCGGAAGAACAUUGCUGCACUAGAACUAUCCCUCAGUGUCCAGGAGGUGAACCAGAUUGAGGCAUCUUAUGAGUUUGAUCAUGGCUUCCCUCAUACCUUCCUCAGCGGCUCCCUUCUUGAUGGUAGCACUCCGCGGGCUCCCAAAGGUCCUGGAGACGUGUGGCUGACGAAGUUGAUGGGAAACUUUGAUUGGGUGGAGUCAGAGAGGCCGAUUGAGUGUACUAAAUCUGCUUAG